AUGACCGAUCCGAUUGCCGAUAUGUUGACUCGCAUCCGCAAUGCGGUGCGCGUUGAGCUUCCCUCCGUCGACAUGCCAUUGUCGAAAGUCAAACGAGGUGUCGCCGACGUGCUCAAGCGAGAAGGCUACAUUUGGGAUUUUGAAGAAGUCGAAGCCAAGCCGGCAAACGGUUUGCGCAUCAGCCUGAAGUACGGCCCCAAUGGUGAACGCGUCAUCCGACACAUUCGCCGGGUCAGCAAGCCGGGAAGCCGUGUUUACAGCGGUGCCGAUGGGCUGCGUCCGGUGCUCAACGGCCUGGGGAUCAAGAUCCUCAGCACCAGCAGCGGCGUGAUUAGCGACCGCGAAGCGCGUCAACGAAAAGUCGGCGGAGAAGUACUAAUUGGUAAAAAACCCGUUGCCGUUCCCAGUGGUGUCAAAGUCGACAUCAGCGGCCGACGCGUGAGCAUUGAAGGCGCUAAAGGCAAGCUCGAUUUCGAGCAUCGCCCCGAGGUCGAGGUCAAGUUCGACACCGACAACAACCAGGUGGUCGUCUCUCGCGGAGCCGACAACCGCAUGUCCCGCGCACUGCACGGUCUCACUCGGGCCCUGGUGCAGAACAUGAUUGUCGGCGUCACCGACGGGUACGAAAAGCGUCUCGAGAUUGUCGGAGUUGGUUACCUGGGCACGGUCGCCGGCGACACGCUACAGCUUCGCGUCGGCUUCGCCAACGAAGUGCACAAGAAAAUCCCCCAGGGCCUGAACGUCACGUGCCCCGACCAGAACCACGUGGUGAUCAACGGUCCCGAUAAGCAACAAGUAGGUCAGUUCGCCGCCGAAGUGCGAGCCGUGCGGAAACCCGAGCCUUACAAGGGUAAGGGUAUUCGUUACGAAGGCGAGCAGGUACGCCGCAAGGCCGGUAAGGCGGCUGAUCACAAUGGCUUUAAGAAUCGCAGUGAAACCAUGAAUCACGAUCGAUACAUUUACCGACUGCGUCAACGCCGACGAUGGCGUAACACCAAGAAGGUGCGUGGUGAUGGCGAGCGUCCACGGCUGACCGUGUUCCGCAGCCACAAGCACAUCUACGCUCAGGUGAUCGACGACGAGUCGGGCAAGACGAUGGUCUCGGCCAGCACGCGGGAUAAAGAGGUGCUCUCCUCCGGGUACGGCGGAAACGCAGACGCCGCUGGGUUGGUUGGCAAAGCCGUGGCCGAACGAGCCAAGGCCGCCGGCAUCGAACAGGUGCGGUUCGAUCGCGGCUCAUACAAGUAUCACGGACGUGUGGCUGCCCUGGCAGAUGCUGCCCGCGAGGGAGUAACACGAAUCGUGGCAACAGAAUCGACUCGUGGCGAAUUGAUCGAUAAGGUCGUCAAGAUCAAGCGGUGUGCCGCGGUGGUCAAGGGCGGUCGUCGGUUUAGCUUCGCGGCCAUGGUCGUGGUCGGCAACGGCAAAGGCCGUGUCGGUUGGGGAUAUGGCAAGGCGAACGAAGUUCCCCCCAGCGUUGAGAAGGCCGUGAAAGACGGCUCUCGCAGCAUGAUCGAUGUGGCCAUCGACGAAGGUGGCACCAUCCCGCACCAGGUGAAGGGCCGCUUCGGUGCCGCCCAAGUGGUGCUGGUUCCUGCUGCUCCCGGCACGGGGGUCAUCGCCGGCUCCAGCGUUCGCGCGGUUUGCGAAGCCGCCGGCAUCCACAAUAUCCUCACCAAGAGCUUUGGCUCGAAUAACCCCGUGAGUAGAGCUGUAAUGAAUAUCGAAGACGUCCACAGCGGCAUUAAGAAGAACCGAGCCCGCAAGCGCCUCGGGCGUGGCCCCGGCUCGGGUCACGGUAAGACCAGCGGUCGUGGUCACAAGGGUGCCGGUUCGCGAGCUGGCUACAGUGCCCACGCCGUGUUCGAAGGUGGCCGCAUGCCGAUGGUUCGCCGCAUUCCCAAGCGGGGUUUCAACAAUCGCUGGGCGCGUACCAUCUUCUCGAUGAACGUCAGCGAUUUGGACAAAUUGUUCGACGAAGGUGCAGAAGUCACCCCGGAGAUCCUCCGCGAGCGCGACUUGAUGCCCAGCCGUUUCGAGCAAUUCAAGGUGCUGGGCGAUGGCGAGCUGAGCAAGAAGCUCAAGGUUUCCGCGCAUCGCUUCAGCAAGUCGGCCGCCGAAAAGAUCAAGCAGGCCGGGGGCGAAGUGAUCGAAGUGCCCGGCCCCGCUCCGGUGGUGAAGCCGAACAAGAAGUCCAAGGCUGCGAAAUCGGAAUAG